GAUCUCCUGACCUCGUGAUCUGCCUGCCUUGGCCUCCCAAAGUGCUGGGAUUACAGGUGUGAGCCACUGCGCCCAUCGGGACACUUGUUGAUUCCAUAUUUAUUGUCUGCUGUUCCAGGGACUGGGGACUAGAGGUGAAUACAGCCACGUUUGGACUGUCUAGGAGGUUGUGAUCCACAGAGGAAACAGACAUGAAAGCCAACUUGGGGCAGGGGGUGAAGUAUCGUAAUACUGGUAUCUGUGUGUAUAUGGAGGAAGGUUCCUAGUAGCAGGGUGGUUGAGAGAGUGCAUCAUUGUUGCAGAUUGGCGCUUCUGUUAUAACAUAACAUAUGCAGAUAUGUUAGGCCAGGGAGAAAGAGAGAGAGAGAGAGAGAGAGAGAGAGAGAGAGAGAGAGACAGAGAGAGCACGCGAGAGAUUGGGAGGGAGAGAGACACACAGAGAGAGGUUUUGAAAGCAUUGAUGUGGGGUCUACGUAUCCCCCCCCAUUCCCUAUGACCAUAGAAGCAUGCUGCCCUGCAAGGCUUUUGUUUGCCACCUUGAAGACAUGCAUGGAAUCCUCAGUUGUGACCUUGCGUUGCCUCCUGUCUUCAUAGUGGAGCUUCUUUAUCUGACCUGUGCCUCUGAUGAGCAGCCCUCCAUCACAGCCCUGCGGCCACGUCCUAGGCCCCUGCCUUCAGCUCUCCAGUUCAUUUCCUGCCUUGUUCCCAUUGCCACCUGUGGGCUUGGAGGGCCACCUGAUGCCCUCUCCCUCGGUUCCCCUGUGACUCCAGAGCUGCUCCCCUUCUGGGGUGCCCACAUCUGCGACACACUUGUUUGCCCAGUGCAUUUGCUGCACUUACAGUUCCUCUCUCGCUCUCGUAUUUCCAUUUAAAGCCCUCUUGAGAGGUCUGUCUCCUGCCAGCAGCAUUCCUUCUGGUUUACUAGAACUCUGUUUCUUACCCUGCCAGGAAUCCAGACAUGGAGUGAGCUUCAGCACAGCCUCUCUGCAGUCUCUUGUCUCCCCCAAAAUUGUGGCCUCUGGCUGUGAGAAACGGGCAUCCUGAGUCAGUGAGACCAGCAGUUAGCAUGCAGCAUCUUCCCUUCCCCCCCCCACCCCAAGUGAUCCUUUCUUAUUCUUCCUCCUCUUCCACUCAGCUUCAUCCUGCCUUGGGUCCAUUUGACAGACAGUAACUCCUUCAGUCCUUGUUGUCUUUUGUGUGGCAUCUGUGCCUGACAGGUCAGAAAUUACUUGUGAAGCAAGAUGGGGGAUCAUUGGUUGUUUCCACUUUUAGGAGGAAGUCAGAAUGGCUCCUUAGUGAUGCUUAGCCAAUAAGAAUAUACUGAUUUGGUUUACUAAUAAAUUUCGUUUCUGAAUACCAUUAUAUGCAUAGCCUUGUUUGAAGAAAAUUAAGGAGAACUGUUUUGCAAGUGGCAAUGAGCGUAAGACACUUAACUAUCUUCCUGCCCUUCCUGGUGCGGGCUUCUGUGCUCCCUGACUCUCCUUUUGUUAAAGGCGUCUGGGAAGGCAUUUGUCCUUCGGCUUCCCAGCUGGCCUCUUGUCUUCUCACUCCUGUAGCCCAUGGGUAGAAUCUCUCGCGCUGUGCACUUGCUAUCAUCUGACCUUGCCUCUGUUUCCAGGGUUUGCUCUGGCUGUCCCCUGCCAGGCAUACUCUAUGAGUGCGUCACAGAGCCAUGAGCAUGCCUGGCAGGGGACAGCCAGAGGCAGCCAUUGCUACUCUGAGUGUGUCCCUGGUCUCACUCUCUUGCAGCACAUGCUGCCCCGAUGGCCUGAGGGCCCUUCCCCUUUGUUUCUAUCUGGAGACUGUUCACUUAUCCCUCGAAGUGUAGCAUAGCUGUUUCCUCCUUCUUGAACCUCCUUAUAUUUCCUCAAGAAAACUUGAAGGCAAAAAUAAACCCCAACUUACUAUCUGUGGUAUGUUUCUGUUAUAAGCGUAGGACCUACUCGUAAUAACACAUUUCAAAAAUAUGGAACCGUAUAAAGAAAAUGAGCAUCACUCAUAAAUCACUAUUUAGACACAUGCAUUGUUUAUGUGUCUGAUAUUCUUUCUUUAGUAGUGCUUUUCGUGAUUUUAUGUGCAUUUGCAUUUUACUGACUAAAUAUUACUACAUAAACAUUUUCAUAUCUUGCCACUUCACCUAACAAUAGAACAUAAGCAGUUUCUUAUGGCAUUAAGAAUUGUUUGUACAUGUAAUUUUGAAUGGCUGUAUAUGAUUUCAUCUUAAGAAUAUACCAUAAUUGUAAUUUUUCAUUGUUAUAAAUAGCACUGUGGUCAACAUCCUUCUUACAAAAUUCUUUACCUGCACCUAUGAUUUCAUUUUCUAAGGUAGAUUAUUAGAAUGUGAACUACCUUGCACAAAGGACAAUAACUUCUUCACCCUUAGUUUCAGAAAGAACAUGUUGUCUUUGGAGAAAGACAGAAACAUGGAAAAGCAUAAAGAAGAAAGUAGGCCAGGCGCAGUGGCUCACACCUGUAAUCCCAGCAUUUUGGGAGA